CCUUCUCCCCCUGACCUGACCUUUCUUCUCGUUCUAGAAGUUCGAUUUUCUCAUUUUAGGUUCCGAGAUCAACACAGUGAAUCCUCGAUUUCGAGAGAGACAAAUAGAAAUGGUGAAGGUGCGAAUGAACACGGCCGACGUGGCCGCAGAGGUCAAGUGCUUGAAGCGGUUAAUCGGCAUGAGAUGCUCCAACGUCUAUGAUAUAUCUCCCAAGACUUAUAUGUUCAAGCUCUUGAAUAGUAGCGGCAUCACUGAAUCUGGUGAGAGCGAGAAGGUUUUGCUCUUGAUGGAAAGUGGUGUUCGUCUGCAUACCACUGCUUAUGUCAGGGAUAAGAGCAAUACUCCAUCUGGGUUUACUUUGAAGUUAAGAAAGCAUAUUCGGACUAGGAGGCUUGAGGAUGUGCGGCAGCUUGGUUAUGAUAGGAUCAUUGUCUUCCAGUUUGGUCUAGGUGCUAAUGCACACUAUGUUAUAUUGGAGUUGUAUGCUCAAGGAAACAUAAUCCUCACGGAUUCCGAGUAUAUGAUUAUGACUCUCCUCCGCUCACAUAGAGAUGACAAUAAGGGUUUUGCUAUCAUGUCUCGCCACCGUUAUCCUAUAGAGAUAUGUAGAGUCUUUGAGAGGACCACAGCUUCAAAGCUGCAGGAAUCGCUUACUGCUUUCUCGCUUAAGGAUCAUGAAGCUAAAGAUAAUGAGCCAAAGGAGCAGAAUGGUGGCAAGAAGGGUGGGAAGUCGAAUGAAGCUAAACAAUUUACCUUGAAGAAUAUUCUUGGUGAUGCUUUGGGGUACGGGCCACAGCUCUCUGAGCACAUAAUUCUGGAUGCUGGUCUAGUUCCAAGUACCAAACUUUCAGAAGACAAGAAGUUAGAUGAUAAUGAGAUUCAGCUAUUGGUUCAAGCGGUCAUCGUAUUUGAAGAUUGGCUUGAAGAUGUUAUAUAUGGUCAAAAAGUUCCUGAAGGUUAUAUUCUAAUGCAGAAACAAAUAUUGGUGAAUGACACGUCUUCUCAAGUAGGUGUUACAAAGAUGUAUGAUGAGUUCUGUUCAAUCUUAUUAAACCAAUUCAAAUCAAGAGUGUAUGACAAGUUUGAAACUUUUGAUGCGGCUUUAGACGAGUUCUACAGCAAAAUCGAGAGUCAAAGAUCUGAAUUCCAACAAAAGGCAAAAGAAGAUUCUGCCAGUCAGAAACUCAACAAGAUUCGCCAGGAUCAGGAAAACCGUGUUCAAAUUCUGAAGAAAGAAGUCAACCGUUGUGUUAAUAUGGCUGAAUUGAUUGAGUACAACUUAGAAGACGUGGAUGCUGCCAUAUUAGCUGUUCGUGUAGCGCUUGCAAAGGGUAUGGGCUGGGACGAUCUAGCUCGUAUGGUCAAGGAAGAAAAAAAACUAGGAAAUCCUGUUGCUGGAGUAAUUGACAAACUUAAUCUAGAGAAGAAUUGCAUGACAUUGUUGUUGUGCAACAAUCUCGAUGAAAUGGAUGAUGACGAGAAGACGCUUCCUGUGGAAAAGGUGGAGGUUGACCUGUCACUUUCUGCGCACGGUAAUGCCAGGCGCUGGUAUGAAAUGAAGAAGAAACAAGAAACCAAACAGGAGAAGACUGUUUCUGCUCAUGAAAAGGCUUUUAAAGCAGCCGAGAAAAAGACACGCCACCAGCUUUCUCAGGAGAAAAUGGUUGCAACUAUUUCACACAUGAGAAAAAUUCACUGGUUUGAGAAAUUCAAUUGGUUUAUUAGCAGUGAGAACUACUUGGUCAUCAGUGGUCGUGAUGCUCAGCAAAAUGAGAUGAUAGUUAAACGUUACAUGUCAAAAGGAGAUCUGUAUGUGCAUGCCGAGCUUCAUGGAGCAUCUAGUACUGUGAUAAAGAAUCAUAAACCUGAACAAAGUGUACCGCCUCUCACUUUAAACCAAGCUGGAUGUUUUACGGUUUGUCAUAGUCAGGCUUGGGAUUCCAAGAUUGUUACUAGUGCAUGGUGGGUUUAUCCCCAUCAGGUCAGUAAAACAGCUCCUACUGGAGAAUACCUCACAGUUGGAAGUUUCAUGAUACGAGGUAAGAAAAACUUCCUUCCACCACACCCGCUUAUAAUGGGUUUUGGACUGUUGUUUCGUUUGGACGAGAGUUCCUUGGGAGCUCAUUUGAAUGAGAGAAGGGUAAGAGGUGAAGAGGAAGGAAUGAAUGAUGUUGUCAUGGAAACGCAUGCUCCUGAUGAGCAUUCAGAUGCUGAGUCAGAGAACGAAGCAGAGAAUGAAGAUGUUUCUGCGGCAAGAGAAAUGAAUUUACAGGAAUCAAAACCAGCAUUAAUGAGCCAAGAUACGUCUUCUUUGGACAUGAAUUCAUCUGGAAUUGAUGGAGAAAAUGUUACAGCGGCUACGUCACAGCUUGAAGAUCUUCUUGAUAGAACCCUUGGUCUUGGUACUGCGACGGUGGCAGGCAAGAACCAUAAAAUAGAGACAUCAAAGGAUGAAACGGAAGAGCAAGAGAAGAAACCAGCAGCGAGAGAUAAGCCUUACAUAUCAAAAGCGCAAAGAAGAAAGCUUAAGAUGGGCGAAAGCGGUAACACAGCCGCUGAUGGUAACACUGGCCAAGAAAAGCCGGAGCGGAAGGAAAAAAAUGUUUCUAGCGGUAACACAGCUGCCGAUGGUAACACUGAGAAAGAAAAGCAGCAACGCAAGGCAAAAGAUGAUUCUUCUUCUUCAAGGCAGGCCAACAAGACCAUACCUGAGAACAAGCCAGCUGGGGAAAAAGUUAGCCGUGGGCAAAGGGGUAAACUUAAGAAAAUGAAGGAGAAAUAUGCUGAUCAAGACGAAGAAGAAAGAAAAAUUCGUAUGACGCUGUUGGCAUCUUCUGGAAAGCCACAUGUUGAAGCAGAGACUACGAAGCCCGCAGUCACUGAAGAGAAGAAACCUUCUGAAGAGACAGAAGAUGCUGUGAAAAUAUGUUACAGGUGUAAGAAGGUUGGACAUCUUGCUAGGGAUUGCCAUGGGAAAGAAUCUUCUUCAGAGAUGGACAAAGUGGUAAUGGAAGAAGAAGAUAUUCAUGAGCUUGGGGAGGAAGAGAAAGAAAAACUGAUUGAUGUCGAUUAUCUAACUGGUAACCCAUUACCAACUGACGUUCUCUUAUAUGCGGUCCCUGUGUGCGGCCCCUACAACGCCCUCCAGUCAUAUAAAUACAGAGUCAAAGCGAUCCCAGGGAGCAUGAAGAAAGGAAAGGCUGCAAAAACGGCAAUGAAUCUGUUCACACAUAUGUCGGAGGCGAGUGUAAGGGAGAAAGAGCUGAUGAAGGCUUGUACGGAUCCGGAGCUGAUGGCUGCUCUUGUUGGGAAUGUGAAGAUCACAGCAGCGGGGUUGACGCAACUGAAGCAGAAACAGAAGAAGGGCAAGAAAAGCGGGAAACACCAUGCCUAGGUUUUACUUUUUUUUUUUCUUUUGUUAUUUUUCAUGGAAUGAUUAGCUUGCGUUUUGUGUUCAUUGGAGAACUUUUGUUGUUGAAGUUUAUUAUAAGAUUUUACAUGGAAAAUAAGAAAAUACCCAUUGGUUCACAGUUCA